AUGGACGACGACACUGUGAAUGACCCCGACCAGGCGGUGAGCGCCGAUGGGAGCUCCAACGUCAGCCCUGGGGGCUCACCGCCUCAAUCUGCCGAGAAAAAGCGCCGAUUGACUAAGGAGGAGAAAAUGAAGCUCCUGUUCCCGCCAGCACGAGAACCCGAACUUCGAGUCAUCAAGCGUGACGGUAACUGGACUUAUUACGCCCCUUAUCAUUCCCCUCCCGAUACGGACAAGGACAAGGACAAGAACACGAACAAGUCGACCGGCACCAUGAGCGUCCAACUCCCACCCGUUACUUAUCGCCAGCGCACGGUGCCGCAAAGCGAACUUGAAGCUUCCUCGACGCUGAAGCUGGGCGCGGACCAACAUACCCACACGCUUUCGCUGUCGGAGGCUCGUCUGGUCAUCCGCAAGGUCUUGGAGAACAAGCAACGCGGCGAGAACCGUUAUGAACCCCCCGAGACACUGAGCAAGACCCUGGAUUACCUUGACGUGUUUGCCCGGUUCAAGGACGAGGAGAACAUCAAGGCGGUGGAGCGACUGUUGAACUCCCACACGGAGCUGGAGAUGUUUGAGCGCUCGCAACUGGGCAGUUUGUGCUGCGACAACGCGGAGGAGGCGAAGUCGCUCAUUCCCAGCCUGCAGAACAAGAUCAGCGACGGCGAUCUGCAGGAGCUUUUGGAUGAGCUGACCAAGCUCCGCAACUUCACCGAGUAG